CGGGGCGCCCGGGCGCCGGCCGGCUGCGGGGAGGCGCGCGCCGCUCUGAGGCUCUGGCCUCCGCACCCCCGCGCCCCGACGCUGCGGGCGACAGGGCCGGGCUCCAGCAGCCGCCACCGUCGCCGCCACCUGGAGGACCAGGCAAAAGUUUGGAUCUGGGGGAGGACGCGGCGCUGAGCGGGAUUACCACCAGGGCUGGAAGGAGACCUCGAGAACCUUCUCAGAUUGCAGACUCAGCUUAACCAAGAAGUUCAUAGGCUGAUCAACGCUGACCUGACCUACAACAGAAGAGGGAGUUCUGCCUGCCCAAUUGGGCCCCUGGUGACCGCUAACAACUUGGCAUCACUUGUUGCCUGUGUGGAGAACUCUCCCUACUGAAAUUGUUUUGCACAUGGAGGACAAUAGCAAAGUGGGCAACACAGGCUGACAAGACCAGAGACCACAGGAAGAUUCUUUUACCUUGGGCCUUCGAGACUUUUCCUCUAGUUGGAGUUCUGGACUUGACAGAACCCCACCCAGUCAUUUUGGUUUUGCUAUCUAUUUUUUUGUUCUUUUUCUUUUCCCCACCACCUUGUAUUUUAUUUCUGUGCUUCAGAAAUGGGCCUACAGACUACGCAGUGGCCCAGCCAUGGGGCUUUUUUCCUGAAAUCUUGGCUUCUCAUUUCCCUGGGGCUCUACUCACAAGUGUCAGAAAUCCUGGCAUGCCCUAGCGUGUGCCGCUGUGACAGGAACUUUGUCUACUGUAAUGAGCGAAGCUUGACCUCAGUGCCUCUUGGGAUCCCGGAGGGCGUAACCGUACUCUACCUCCACAACAACCAAAUUAAUAAUGCUGGAUUUCCUGCAGAACUGCACAACGUACAGUCAGUGCACACGGUCUACCUUUAUGGCAACCAACUGGAUGAAUUCCCCAUGAACCUUCCCAAGAAUGUCAGAGUUCUCCAUCUGCAGGAAAACAAUAUUCAGACCAUAUCACGGGCGGCUCUUGCCCAGCUCUUGAAGCUCGAAGAGCUACACCUGGAUGACAAUUCUAUAUCCACAGUAGGGGUGGAAGAUGGGGCCUUCCGGGAGGCUAUUAGUCUGAAAUUGUUGUUUCUAUCCAAGAAUCACCUGAGCAGCGUGCCUGUUGGGCUUCCUGUGGACUUGCAAGAGCUGAGAGUGGACGAAAAUCGAAUUGCUGUCAUAUCAGACAUGGCCUUUCAGAACCUCACGAGCUUGGAGCGUCUGAUCGUGGACGGGAAUCUCCUGACCAACAAGGGCAUUGCCGAGGGCACCUUCAGCCAUCUCACCAAGCUCAAGGAAUUUUCAAUUGUACGGAAUUCGCUCUCCCACCCCCCUCCUGAUCUCCCAGGUACACAUCUGAUCAGGCUCUAUCUGCAGGACAACCAGAUAAACCACAUCCCUUUGACAGCCUUCUCAAAUCUCCGUAAGCUGGAGCGACUGGAUAUAUCCAACAACCAACUGCGCAUGUUGACUCAAGGGGUUUUUGAUAAUCUCUCCAACCUGAAGCAGCUCACUGCUCGGAAUAACCCUUGGUUUUGUGACUGCGGUAUUAAAUGGGUCACGGAAUGGCUCAAAUAUAUCCCUUCGUCUCUCAACGUGCGGGGUUUCAUGUGCCAAGGUCCUGAACAAGUCCGAGGGAUGGCUGUCAGGGAGUUGAAUAUGAAUCUCUUGUCAUGUCCCACCACGACCCCCGGCCUGCCUCUCUUCACCCCAGCCCCAAGUACAGCUUCUCCCACAACUCAGCCUCCCACACUCUCUGCCCCAAGCCCUAGUAGAAGCUAUACACCUCUUACUCCUACUGCAUCGAAACUUCCCACGAUUCCUGACUGGGAUGGCAGAGAAAGAGUGACCCCGCCUAUCUCUGAACGGAUCCAACUCUCCAUCCAUUUUGUGAAUGACACUUCCAUUCAAGUCAGCUGGCUCUCUCUCUUUACUGUGAUGGCCUACAAACUCACGUGGGUGAAAAUGGGCCACAGUUUAGUCGGGGGCAUUGUUCAGGAACGCAUAGUCAGUGGUGAGAAGCAACAUUUGAGCCUGGUUAAUUUGGAGCCCAGAUCCACCUAUCGGAUUUGUUUAGUGCCACUGGAUGCUUUUAACUACCGAGCUGUAGAAGACACCAUUUGUUCUGAGGCCACCACCCAUGCUUCUUAUGUGAACAAUGGCAGUAACACUGCUUCCAGCCACGAGCAGACAACAUCCCACAGCAUGGGCUCCCCUUUUCUGCUGGCGGGCCUGAUCGGGGGCGCGGUGAUAUUUGUGCUGGUGGUCUUGCUCAGUGUCUUUUGCUGGCACAUGCACAAAAAGGGGCGCUACACCUCGCAGAAGUGGAAAUACAACCGAGGCCGGCGGAAAGAUGACUAUUGCGAGGCAGGCACCAAGAAGGACAAUUCCAUCCUGGAGAUGACGGAAACCAGCUUUCAGAUCGUCUCCUUAAAUAACGAUCAGCUCCUUAAAGGAGAUUUCAGACUGCAGCCCAUUUACACCCCAAAUGGGGGCAUUAAUUACACAGACUGCCAUAUCCCCAACAACAUGCGAUACUGCAACAGCAGUGUGCCAGACCUGGAGCACUGCCAUACGUGACAGCCAGAGGUCCAGCGUUAGAAAGGCGGACAAUAAAACUCUUGGAAACACACACGUGUGUGCACAUAAAGACGCGCAAAUUACAUUUGAUAAAUGUUACACGGAUGCAUUUGUGCAUUUGAAUACUCUGUAAUUUAUACGGUGUACUAUAUAAUGGGAUUUAAAAAAAGUGCUAUCUUUUCUAUUUCAAGUUAAUUACAAACAGUUUUGUAACUCUUUGCUUUUUAAAUCUUAAAAAAAAAAAAUAGUUGCUGAAGUACUGUACAGGGUUGUACAAUAAGAACCCAACGCCAAGGGAAAAGAACGAGUGAUUCUUUCUCAUGAUGCUCAUUAACCACUUUGCUGUUGAAGCUGUCAGAAUAAAUUCCUUUCUUAGAGUAGGUGGUCAGAUGAAAGGGCAGAUUAAAAUGGACUCGUCAGGGGAGGAUAAAUAAUAUGGGCAAAACAAGAAAUGUCUCAGAUAUCUUCAUGCUAUUUCUGUACUUCCUAGUCUGGAAGAAGAGUUAAAAAUUCUGAAAUAUAAGAAAGGAGGUAGUUACCCUGGUUUGACCCAAAACAAGAAAUGUAGAAAGCAUCACAAGGGAGUGAGUUCCCGUAAGAUGAGUUAAGCCAACCUGGCAGAAUGAAGAAAAUGAGAUGAAUUUGAAGAGACCUUCCAACCCCAGAGUUGGCUUUCUGAUGGGGAACUUAAAAAUCACUCCUCAUGCCUCCCAGACUCUAUGUGAUAACAGAGUUAGAGACCUAAGUCUGAUUGCAGUCAUCUUCGGGGACAGCUAUGAUGUCCCAGCAAGGAAACUCCCUUUAAAAAGUGUUACUAUUCAAAUUAUAUGUCAGGUUGAAUCACAUUCAACAGAGAUAUAUUCUAGAAUACUUUUUUUAGAAGAGGCUAAUAAAAUAGGAAGAAUUAUAUUGAAUGGAAUUAUUUUUGAUAAUGAGAAUUAUUUGGGUAGAUUCACUGCAGCUAUGUCAACAUGAUAUUUAGACCAACAAGGGAUUAAUAUUUGGAAUAUUCUAGACUUGUUACUUAAAAAUUAUUGAUACCAUGUAGACAAAAGCAAGUGAUCAGUGGUUCUGCUCUACUAUAUCAAUGGACUUUGUUAGUAUCAUGUUGAAAUAGCUUGAAUUAAUACCUUUAUCCCCUUGCAAAUUCUUGUCUUCCAAUCACCUCAUGUAUAUUUUCGUAAUUAGCUGUUGAUGCUACAUUUGUUUUUUUCCCCGUCUGCUCAAAAUUUGAAAGAAAAUUAUAGAUGCCAGUCUUGAUUGCACAAAAUAUCCAUAUACACUUAUAGACUUUAAAAUGUAUGCUAAUUUUCACUGCUAAUAAUUCUGGAAGGACAUAUCAAAGCUGGCCAACAUAAUGUAUUUUUUUUUAAAGCAAUACUGAGUUUCCACCUUGGACUGACUUUGAUCCUGUGCCAUUUUUGAAAUUUCAUUUAUUCCUUUUCAAUCUUGGAUGUUCCUCUUCUUUGGGAAUUGUGGAGGGAUAAUCAAUCUUAUAUUAACAGGAUAACAGAUGAGAAAUGAACAAGUCAGAGAGUAAAGGCUUGUUCCCCUAAUCUUGGCAGAGCAGGGAAUAGAGCAGAGGGCAUAGAGAAGAGAGGGAUGUCUGGGCUUAUUUCUAGAUGUUUUUGAAGCGUUGUCCUUCCUCAGAAAGCAUGUGUAAUUUACUCCUUUCCAUCCCUUAGAUGUAGAAGGGCUAUCGAUCACAUACAUUAUCUAAAAAAUACACCUUUUGAAAAUUCUUUUUAAAAUCAAAUUUAGGCAUUUCACUCUGUGUGCGUAUUUCCUUUACUACUAGCCAUUAUUUUCGGGACCCGUGAAGUUAAUGUCACAAUCGUUUUGCUUUCUCUCUCUCUCACUUUUAACAAAAUAGAACUGUGAUGUGUCUUCUUUGUAAAAGUUUAGGUAUAAAAUGCUAUGCAAGUUUUUCUUUAUAGAAAGAGCUUUAUUUUCUUUAAUAAUAUACCCCAACUUAUAUGUUUUAAUCUCCCUUGUCCCUCAGAGUAAGCAGAAAAUAUAACUGAAGCUAUAAUCUUGUAAACACAAGAAUCGAAACUGCAGUCAGUCGAGCUGAAAUUAGCUAUGAAUUAAUUUGAAUUAAUUCUAAAGUGACUUUGGUUUCCAUUUUAGUCUCUUAGCUAGCAAGUUUUGGCUGUUGCUUUGUUAAAACUGGAUCCACACGGUGAAGGGAUAAGGCAAUCUGUGAAGGUGAUCAGUGUAGCAGUAAGCCAUCUGAAAUUCAGGACAAGGACAUGGGGCUUUGUGUAUUUAACUGGAUAAUUCCCUUCCGCUAUCCUCUUCCCCUUGGCUGUGUAGAUAAAACUAGGUGUUCAAAUGAUGGUACUUUGACUUUUGAGGGUUUCUUUUCUUUUUAUCCACAAAAUAAUCGUUCUCAUUUAUUUGUAUGUAUGUAUAACCCCCAGAGCGAUACUUGGCUGCUGAAACCUUUUGCUUUGGGCCAAGAAGACCAAGGUUGGAGAGGUUUCUAUAAUGUCUUAUGGGAUUCAUGGAAUUAUUUGGGACUUAAGUCGUACAAUGGAAACCUAGUCACGUGAAAUGGUUAAAAUGAUCUGAAAUGGUUCCUUUGCUAGAAGGUGUUCCUGAAGAGAUAGAAUUUAGUUAUAGGCUUAUUUUGAUCUUGUGUACAACAUGACAAAGACUGCUAAAAUUAAGAUCAGUCUCCCGCUUGUAAUAGCAUCCUUGGAGCUCUCACUUAACCAGGAUAGAAAACACAUCAUUGAAUUUGUAAUGUCUUAUGUGUCUUAGGAAAACUGCUGGACAACCAUCAAUGGUGGAUUGCUUUGAUUGGCAUUUUCAGUCACGGGAAUGUGUUUUGCCCACACAUCUGCUCUGUAUUUGGGCCUCUCUUGUUGUUAUUAAUACGUAUUUUGAGGAGAUUAGUCAAGAGUCAAAGUUGAAGAUGCAGGCCAAGUCCAUGAACAAAGCCAAUGUCACUGGUUUAUAAAGAGCUUGAUGACGUCUGACCAAAUGAGAUGAUUUCAGAUGGUAUGUGACCACUUUCAGAGCUAGGUGACCGUCACUGUGCAGAGAAAAUUCCAAAGGAAAAAGGCACAGCCAUGAUCACACAGAUAUUAUUGACCAUUAUUCAUAUCCAGGGUUGUCAUUAAUACUUAGUUGUUUGGAGAGAUGUGUUUGAUCAUGGAGAGACCGUGGGCUUCCCUCAAAACUGUCCAGUGCAUUCUCAGCCCAUGGCAUGGGACAAUCACAGGCAGAGACAAAAAGUGUGUUCCCCUGCCUAUUUUCCUUGUGUAACAAGUGGAAAAUAUUCUACCCUGUGAGAAAUAAUGCAGUUUCUAAUUAUCUGAGUGUUUGUUAAAAAUGCAUUAGAUAUUUUUCCUGAGGUUAAAAAAAGCAUAAUGUGACCAGUCUGAUAAAAAGUAUUAAUGACGUAGCUAAUAUUAUGGCCCUAUUUCCUACUAGUGCAGAUCCUCAGAACUUCCUUCCCCACUGAGGAGGACUAGCUCUUCAUGUGUGCAAAGCAUCCAUUCCAGACACAAGGCAAUAUUGUCGCAGUCCGCAGGGAGCAGAUGUUGAACUUGAUCAGCAAACCUUGGCUACAGAGCCCACUGCAACUUUUGACCAUGAGGUAGUUAAUUUCCAUUAACUUUGUUUAUAGCCUUUUCCUCUAACCUAUAACAAGGAGACAUUAAGUUUUCUUUUAGAACGUGAGAAUAAUGGUUUUGCUCAUGAUUUAAUUUUCCAGCUUUGUAAGAAAGCAAAACAGAAAAAAGUGCCCAAAAGAGAAAGAGAUACGUACACAAAGCAAACAGAAAACCCCUGCUACUUCUUAGUCUUGUCAAACCCUGCCUGAUACUCUUUUUUUUUUAAGACAAAAUACUAAUGUAGGAAGCUGUAGCUUACAGUCUUCUCUGAUUUCUUCAGCAGCGUGGAAAGACAGUUGCUGGCCAUGGGAUACCUGUCACUGAUUGUGGGGAGAAAGUUUUGUACAUGUAUGAUACUGUUGUUAUAACAAACACAUCAGAUUCUUUUGCUAGUUUUUGUUUAUCUUUCUUUUUCUAGCAGCACACCCACCAGAAGAGCACAAAGCAAGGCCAUCGCAACAGACAUUUUGAAACUACUAUAAAUUGCACUCGUGCAUGCACACACACACCACACACACAAACACACACACUGGGUCAUUUGUAAAGGAAUCCAGGGGAUGUAAGAUUUGUAAUCUUUUAGACAAGUGAAGGCGUUGCCACUGUGUGUUCCUCAUAGGACCAGUCUUUACUCACUGAAAGUUAAUCCUGAUGAUUUGUUAUUGUUUGAACCAUAUGUUGAUUUGCUUCUGGUUUAUGUUUAGUGUGUUCUCGCUGACAAGGGACUACAAGGGGCUGGAAGAUUCUGCAUCACACGUCCUCUGAGACCUACUGUGUCACACACUUUGUUAAUGACAAACUUCACUCUACACUAUACAGUACCUUGUUGAUAUAUUCAGUAAAAGCUUAUUUUAAAAGAAAACCACAUUGUGUUUAUCUGAGUAAGUUCAUUGGGAUACAGCCAAUACUUGUAUUGUUAAUGGCAAAGAGAAAUGAAGGAUGCUUCCUGAGGAUGCAGGAGGAUGGCAAGAAUGAAGGAGGUAAUAGAAUUUUUCAUUUUCUCCUACCUUGAAGACAACUUCUGUUUUUUUAAGGCCAUUUGGCCCCUUUAGUGUGAGGAAUUUAUAUAAAAUCCUCAUGUUCUUUUCUA